ACAGCAUAUUGCCUCACUCGCUUUGUCUCUGUUUUUUCUGUGCGUGGGUGCAGUGUCUUUGACGGGUGGCGAGAGGGGGCAUGCAGUGUGUAACCAAAACUCAGUCUUAUCAGCAGAUCUGAUUGCUAGAUGCUGAAUUCCCUCUAAUAUUCAGCCCAGUGUAGAGAGGAUCCUUUGGUUUCUUCGCGGGCGGAGGCAUCCCGCAGCCGGCUGCGUUUCCCAAUAUGAUGCAACUUACGAUUCACUUAAUUUCUCAGGACACCUGCCCAUCUGGACCAGGACAGCGGUGGCCAGUAAGAGGAACAUCCGAUAGAGAUUUCCUGUGAGAUGUGAAGUAAACCUCAGCCCUAAGAGUGCAGCUGGAACAUCUGCAGAAGCUGGUACUCUGGAUGGGACUGAUCCUCAUCGUUUCAUUUGUUUGCUGCGGGCGUGCGUAAAUGUAGGACGCCGUUUGUGCGGGUUGCCACGUUUUUCUUGCGCUCCGUUUCUAAUCGUCGAGUAUAAAGAAGGUUUUUAAUUAACAAGAACACAAACACGGACUAAUGCAGCACUGGAUUAAAGUCACUCUACAUAUUGUAAUCCCUAUGGACACUACGUCUGAAACUUUCCUGGAUAAUCAGAGCAGUGUAGAGGAGAAAUUAACCAACACCAAUUCUGUGUUCACGAACUGAAACAGAAAAGGCUUUCCUUAUCAUCUCGUUCCAGCGAAGUUGUGCAUAAUGGCUCAAAAUCCCUCUGGACACCGAACAGCUAUUUAUGAUGAGGCUCUAUAACUGAAAUAGUUUUUACAUUAAUCAUGUUAUUCUGAUGUUUUUGUCUUCAAAGCAUCAUCGAAACAGUCUGAUGUUUGGACCUAAAAUCAAAUGACUUCAUGUGGACCUCGCAAAAAAGAUUAAAGUGAAACAAGUAAACCUCUUCAUCUGUCAUCCUCAUCUUCCUACUUUCAGCUCCUCACUGGGCUUUGUUAAAAAACGAGAAGCCCAUUUAUGACUCUGAUAAAUUGGAAAAUCGUAGCAUGAAGGUGUCAUUCUCAGCUGGCUGCUGGUAGAGGAUGAGAUCUUCUGAAAACAGAUUAGGAUUUAGCUACAGCGAUGAGGUGAAAUGGUGAAUUUAGUCUAUGGUUGGAGCUCAUAGAUCAUCAGGAUCUUUGAUUAUGAACUAAAAUCAUGGACAACAUCACAGGUAACAACACUACAGCUCCACCUUGGGGUGAGGCCACACUCCUGAGCCUUCAGGUCUCGCUCUACGUGCUGUUAGCUGUCGUCACCCUGGUAACGGCACUCUCAAACGCCUUUGUCAUAGCCACCAUCUUUCUGACCAGGAAGCUCCACACACCUGCCAACUUCCUCAUAGGAUCACUCGCCAUCACAGACCUGCUGGUGUCGAUCUUGGUCAUGCCCAUAAGCAUAGUGUAUACCGUAACAAAAACCUGGUCACUGGGGCAGAUUGUAUGUGACAUCUGGCUCUCGUCUGAUAUCACCUUCUGCACGGCGUCCAUUUUGCACCUGUGUGUUAUUGCCCUGGACCGCUACUGGGCCAUUACAGAUGCCCUGGAGUACUCAAAGCAUCGCACCAUGCGCAGGGCAGGGAUGAUGGUUGGGGUUGUUUGGGUGAUUUCUAUUUCGAUUUCCAUGCCUCCUCUUUUCUGGCGGCAGGCCAAAGCACAGGGGGAGCUGAAAGAGUGUGUAGUGAAUACAGAGAAGAUCUCUUACACCUUAUAUUCCACCUUUGGUGCCUUCUACGUUCCCACAAUGCUUCUCAUCAUCCUCUACGGCAGGAUCUACGUUGCUGCCCGCUCUCGCAUCUUCAAGACUCCAUCAUCUGGGAAGCGCUUCACCACGGCGCAGCUCAUCCAAACCUCUGCAGGCUCUUCUCUCUGUUCUCUUAAUUCUGCCUCCCACCAGGAAGCACACCUACACUCUGGCAUGGCAGGAAGCGUUGGGGGUGGAGGGGGAGGCUCGCCUCUGUUCAUGAACAGCGUGAAAGUGAAGCUGGCAGACAACGUGCUGGAGAGGAAACGUCUGUGUGCAGCGCGGGAGAGAAAAGCCACCAAGACACUGGGCAUCAUUCUGGGAGCAUUCAUCGUCUGCUGGCUCCCAUUUUUUGUCAGCACGCUUGUCAAUGCUAUAUGUACAACGUGCUGGUUUAGUCCCGUGCUGUUUGAUCUCUUCACCUGGCUGGGAUACCUAAACUCGCUCAUUAACCCUGUCAUCUACACUGCAUUCAAUGACGACUUUAAGCAGGCCUUCCAAAAGCUCAUCAAAUGCAGAAGAAGCUUUUAGGAAGUACAGUAUGUUUAGACUGGCAUCCUCUGGAACAUGAGGAGACAAACAGAAGAAGUAGUACAAGUAUAUCUCAAUAAAUUUAAAUAUCAUCGAAAAAGGAAUUUAUUUCAGUAAUUUAAUUUCACAACUAAAAUUAUAUCGAUAAAUUUCAGUAAGAGCUACAUAUUUCCAGCAUUUAUUUCUCUUAAUUCUGAUGAUUCUGACUUAGAAAUAAUGAAAACACAUAAUCUGUUUCUCAGAAAGCAUAUUAGAUAAGAGCAAUAAAACGUUUUAUUUUAACAAAAACAUUUGGGCCUCAUGAAGAGUCUUCAUGCACUGUACAGUAUAUGCACUCAUACUUGGUUGGAGCUCCUUUUGCAUGAAUUAUUACAUGAAUGUGGCAUGAUGUGUAGAUUAUUAGCCUGUGGUUCUGCUGAGGUGUUCAGAAGGUCCAUGUUGCUUUAAUAGCGCAAUGCUCCAUAGACUCUUUGGGCUGCAGGUUAACCCAGUUAGCUGACCAAUCAAGCACAGUGAUACCAUGGUCAUUAAAGCAGCUCUUGGUACCUAUGGCAGCGUGGGCAGUACAAAGUCCAAACAAAAACCUAAAUUUACUUUAAUCUUAAGGUAAAACUUUACACCAGUGAGCCACAGCCCAGUCCUUUUCUCCUUAGCCUAGGUAAGACAGUUCUGACAUUGUGUUUGUUUCAGGAGUGGUUUAGUACAAGGAAUGUGACAGUUGUAGCCCUUGUCCUGGAUAUGUCUGUGUGUGGAGACUCUUGAUGGACAGUACUCUGUGAAAGGUUUGCUUUUUUGGCAUUGAUGUUUUGAGGCUCAACCUCCUGGUGAAGGAUGUAAGAAACUGUCUGCUAUACAACUGUUUAGUUUAGUUUAUUUCCAAGAUGAUUGGAAAAUAAAAGAAACUGAAUAAUAUAAAGACAUGGAUAAUUAACAGAUAUUUCACAGAAGAAGUUUAAACUCCAGUACCUCAAAAUUAAAACUGCCCGUGCCUUAUCAUGUUGAUGGAUUUUUCUUUAGCCAUCAGGCACAAUGUCAAGUCAGCAGUCUUUCCUAUGAUUGAGUUGGCCAAAACAUUAACGUUCUGUUUUAAAAAUUAUUUAAUAUUCUAAUUUAUUAAGAAACUGAGUUUGGGGUUUUCAUUAGAUGCAAGCCAUAAUCAUCAGAAUCACAGUAAAUAUACCCUUAAAAUAUAUUAGUCUGUGUGUAAUGAAGCUUAUAUUUAAGUUUUAAUUUUUGAAUUAGUGAAAUUACAUUUUCGUUGACACAUUUAUUUAUUGACAUGUACCUGUAAACACAUAAAAUCUUCAUCUUUCAAAGACCUUCUGAUGUUAAUGAGCGAUUUUAUUUUGCAGAUGUGUUUGGAUACACACAGUGAAUCCAUCAUAAAGACUAAAACAUGCAUCUUUUAAAACAAAGAAGAAAUAUUUUAUAAUGCCACUUCAAGGACCACAAAAGACUAAAAUCCAAAUGGUUAAAACCUGCCAGGAACUGUUUUUUGUUGUUCUUGGAUAAG